CUCGAGCUCGAGCCCAGUCGAGCACGCCGACAUGGCGACUACAGAGCGAACGCCUCUGCUCGCCGCGACCACAGCGCCGCCCGAGCCGCGGUCGCCCUCCUCCCCCGCUUCGGGUCCGCCUCCGCCUCCUCCUCCAGCACCGGCACCGCGACAGUCGCCCUCAACGGCCGUGUUCAACUCGCAUGCGGGCUUCAUCCUCACCGAGGACGACAUCGCCAUCCAGGGCAUGGUCCUCGCCCUCCUCGCCGAGCUGCGCCUCCGAGGCUACACGGUGCCGCCAGGCCUGCCGACCCUCCCGCACGACAUGCCCGAGGACGAGGCCGACGCCGAGAUCGCCUUCCUGCGCACCGUCCUCGUCCUCCCGCGCCACCGCACCGUCCUCGACCGGUGGCUGCCGGACUUGACCCGCACGGCACCCGGCGCGUCGGGCGGCGGCAGCGGCGGCGGAGGAGCGCCAGGCGCCGCGAGCAACGGCUCGGCAGGCGUCGACACGCCGUCGAGGAACUACAGCGUCGGGUCCAUCCUGGCGACGAACCGGCCGGCGUCGCUCGCGGCGGCGGCGAGCCCCGUGGUCGCCCACCGCCCUCCGUCGCACCCUUCCUCUUCCACCUCGUCCCUGUCCUCGACCACGUCGACCAUCCCCGCCCGUCCCUCGCCCCUGUCGUCGCAGACGAUCGACCCGACCGUCGUCCCGUCGCCGUCGGCCCUGUUCCUCGCCGGCCUCCUGUCGCUCCUCGUGUCGCUUCAAGCCGAGUACCGCGGCGCGGUGCAGGAGACGGACCCGGGCGUCGACGGCGAGCUGCGCAUGUUCAAGGCGCGUCGCGAGCUCGGCGAGCGCCUGUACAAGGUCGUCGAGGGCCUCCUCGACUCGUACCUGUUCUCGGGCGACGCGAGGGACGCCGCCGGGUCGGCGCACGGGCACGGGCAUGGGUCGCCGCAGGACGACGACGAUGACGACGACGACGAGGAUGCGCUCGUGACGCUCCUGUUCCACGACUUCCCGCUCAACUACGACUCGAUGGACCGCGCGACGUGCUCUCUCGACCUCCUCCUCACCCUGUCGUCGGCACCCCUCGUCGAGGCCGAGAACCUCGUGUCGCACCCGGUCGUCCUCGCCUCGACCGAGUACGUGUGGCGCAACGGCCUCUUGCCCUCGCCUCGGUCCGGCACGACGAGCCUGUCGUGGAAGGAGUCGUUCAUCCGCCUCGACCGCUUCUCGAUCCCUCGGAUCCUCCACACCCAGACUUACAUCCUCUCGACCCUGCACGCCUUCAUCACGGUCUACAUCCUCAUGUUCUCGUCCUACUCGCACUUUGACGCGUUCAACCCGCUCGCGCCGGACGAGGUCAGCAUCCCCGAGCGAGGAGGAGGAGGGCGGCCGAUCAAGACGUGGAGCUUCUUCAGCGGGUUGGUGUGGUGGCUGUGGGUGGCGGGCACGUUCGGCUGGGCGGGAGAAGUCGGGCGAGCAUGGUUCAACCACGGCCCGCAAUCGUCGCUCCCUCUCUCGCCCUCGACCCUUCUCCCGCUCCUGCACCACGCCCUCGUCUUUGUGUCGCUCUUCAUCCGCAUCUUUGCCUUCUACCUCGCGACGCCGCACCACAAGCCGACGUUCCUCCUCGCGACGUCGCUGUCGCUCCUCGCGUGGAGCGUGCCGUUCCUCGCCGCGUCGCGCGUCCUGCCGCAGAACCUGCCGUCGUUCGGCACGCCGACGCACCAGCAGUGGACCAAGAUCCGCGACGGGCGCAAGCGGCGCGACGUCGGGUACCGCGCGCCGCCCAAGGCGGUCCCCGUGUCGCACCGCGCGCUGCGCAGCCUCGAGGCCAACCUCGGCGGCCUCGUCCAGUUCUCGACCUACUUUGCCGUGUUUGGUCUCUUGACGCUGUGGAGCCUGAGCGGCGAAAUCGACUACCCGGGCGUCGCGCUCGCCGUCCUCGAGGCGCCGAUGCGCCUCGUCCUCGCGCCGGCGGCCUUGUCGACCUCGCCAACCGCCCUCGACAUGUCGCCCUCGUCGUCGUCGGCGUCGGCGCCUCGAUCGUCGCCAAUCGAGGCGCGCACGACGCUCGCCUUUACGCUCGUCCUCGGCGUCGUCCUGGCCUACUUUUCGGGCGGGCGGCCGUCAGUGUCGCCGACGCCGUCGUCGUCGUCGCUCGCGACGCCGGCCACGUCGCUGUCGGCCCGGCACGAGCUCGACGACCUCGACGGGUGGGACCGGUACUCGCGCGAGGUGGCGUUCCGCUCGCGGCGCGAGCGCCUCGCCGUCAACCGCUACUUUACGUUUGUGCCGCCGCGCGCCGGCGGGCUCAGUGGCGGCGGCGGGCGCCGGCUCGAGAGCCUCCCGAGCGCGUUCAGCACGCCGCCGCUCCCGAGCCCGCUCAACCUCGCCGUGCCCGUCGUGCUCGUCGUCGCGAGCGUCGUGCGGCGCCUGACGCGGUUCAGGGUCGAGCAGCGCGCGCGAUGGGGCAGGGCGAGGGGGAGGAGGAGCGCGAGCGUCGGGAGCGCAGGGACGGACGCGGGAGCUGGAGCUGGGGCAGGAGCAGGAGCAGGAGCGAGCGGCGGCGGGUGGGGCGAGGAGGCGGGCGUGCUGCCGCCGGGCCAGGAGGCCGAGCGCGCCGCGAGGCGAGUACAGGAGGCUGCGAGGGUGUGGGUCUGGCGGGUCGGGAUCGCGCCGCUCGGCGGGUGGGCCGUCGCCGCCAAGGGGAUUCGCAAGCUGAGGGGCAAGGAGUAG